AUUUUGUUUUUUGAAUAAUUAAGAACAUUAAAGCAAUUCAAAAAGUUGCGCCACUUGUUUAAUUGUUGCAGUCUCGCACCUAUUGGAGUGUUACCAACUAGGUGGUAAGUCAACAACUCUAUUUGCAAAUUUUGAAGAACAACGACGAACAAAAUUAGAUAUCUUUUUGUACACAUACUAUAAGACGUACGCACGUAUGUACGUGUAAUUUGGAAUUUGUUGUGAAUGCGGGCUUGCAUGUAAAUUAACAUUAUCGGCUUGUGACGACGUAGCAAGGACUUUUUGUGCUAGUGCGUGUGCUUGUUCUUCCUCCUCCCUCUCGAAUUCAACGUUCAAGUCUUUUUGUUGCUGUCUGAUUGGACUGACGCAUCGUUUGCAUCGUUCCGCUUGACAUCAUGGCCAGCGAGCCAGAGAACAAGCCGCCUAUAUUGCACAUUCUGGUCGUUGGCUUCCAUCACAAACUCGGCUGUCAGGUGGAAUUCUCGCAUCCCCCUCUAAUCGCCGGCUCCACGGGCCGCAACGAAUGCCCAUCGGGCUGGAAGUAUCUGCCCACCCUAGCGCUGCCCGAUGGUUCGCACAACUUUGUCGAGGAUACGGUCUUCUUCAAUCUACCCAGUCUCUUUGAGCCAGCAGCCAGCAUAUACGGUGUGUCAUGCUAUCGCCAGAUACCCGUCGAAAAGUUGAAAAUACGCACCGCUGACGUGACCCGCAGCACCGUACAAAAGUCCGUCUGCAUCUUGGCUCGACUGCCCAUCUAUGGCUACAUUGAGGUAAAGUUGGCGCUCAUUGCAGACGCUUUCUUCGACCAGGGCGACUUCAGUUGCACCGAACUGUUGGUCAAAGCUUAUCAGCAGUUGAAUGCCUGUUUGCUGGAUGAGGAGACGCGCCGCCCGCUGCGACAUUUCCAUGUGGGACUGUCGCUGCGUGAGAUUGUGCUGCACUGGCGCCACAAGACGCUGAUACUGUUCAAGCUGCUGCUCCUGCAACGUCGCGUUGUCUGCUUUGGCUCCCCCGUGCGUGGCAUGUGUGUCCUCAUCCUGGGCAUGGCGUCGUUGAUACCACGAUUGCUGGAGAAGGGCUUCCAGGAAGUGGCCUGUGUGCGUACGUCGCGACCUCUUUCGCCCAUGCCCGACUUUACCGACUCACUGCAACGCGAAGCCGCUGCUGAGAUUGAGGUGGAGACUAAGGUUCAUACGGAGGCUGAGGCUGUGCCUGAAGCAGAGGCGGAGGCAGUGACAGAAGUAGAGGCUGAAAUUGUGCCAGAGGCGGAGGACCUAACACUAGUCUCGUCGGCAGCGUCGGCGGGCUCGCAGUGCGGUAACAGCAGCGGCAACACGUCGCCGCAUACAACGCCCAAUUCACAGUCGCAGGACUCCAGUAGCUGUCCGACAACAACGCCAACGCAUCCAGAUCUGCAGCGUGUGGACUCCACGGAAAGUGGCCACAGCGCCGGCAAACGCAAUGGACGCAGCAGCUCACUGACCCGUGAGGCCAGUGUGGACACCUUGGCAUCCAAUCUUGCAGCACUGUGCGCCAUCAAUCCGGAUGAGUAUCGUGCGCCAGUGAGCAUAUUUGCCAGUGGCAAUCUCUGCUUGCCGUACUUAUCGCUACCAUACAUGGAUCUGCUUAGCGAUCCCAUGGUACUCUCCUAUAUCAUUGGCACCUCCAACGUCCUAUUCCAACAGAAACGUCAGCUGGCUGACGUUCUUGUCGACAUUGAGGCUGCCAAUCUGGACGCCCACGAUCCGGAACUGCGCCGUCAGCUGGUGCUAAGCACCGAGGAUCUGCGCUACAUGGACUUCAUACUGAAACACGUACAAACGCCCAAGGAGGAUGCCGAGGGCAGCGAAUACUGGAUACGCGAGCAGUUCCAGGGCUAUAUUCUGGCUUUGCUGCGCACUGCGGUUGCACCUGAUGUCAAAGACAAUGAUCACUUCAAUGCGCAGUUUAUGAAUGCAUUUAAGCGCACACAAUGCUAUCAGGAAUGGUACGAUGUGCGACCCGAACCCGAAUUUUUUGAUGCACUUCCCGCCGGUCAUCCGUUUGCGGGCACUCUAUCCGUGGCGGACAUGAAGCUCAAGCUGGCACAAACUAUGCAGAAUAGCGAAAGUGGACGCAAAAUUAAUCAGGCCGUUAAUACGACCAGUCGAGCUGUUGGUGGUGCCAUCUCUCAGGCGAAAGGCGCCUUCUCCAGCUGGUGGUCGUCGAUUACAACAGCGCCGCCCGUUAAUAGUUCGGGUACAGUUGCCGGAGCUAAUUCGGCUGGUGGCAGUGAGAGCAGCAGUCAGAGCCAGAGUCUCAGUCACAUUGAUGAGGGCAUCGAUGGUGCUGCGGUGUCGCAACAGCCUCAAGAGAUCUCAGUUACAUUCCAGAACCACAAAGACGAUACCCAACUGGAUGUGGCCGGUGUCAGCAUACACAUUUCCAGUCAGAUCAGCGAGGAGAGCCUUGAGGAGGCGCAUGAUUCGAGCGCUAACUCACCACAGCAUCAACAACAGGGAAUCGUGGAAAUUGGUCGCGAAGCCGAAUUGCUCGAUCGGUGCACCAACAAUGAGCAGCAGGCAACAACGACGACAGCGAACUCUCCUCAAUCGCAGGCGCAAUCUCAGCCACUGCGUGCUAUUGGCUGCGGUGGUGAUCUGACGCUGUCUAGUGGUACAGCAGCCGCUGUUGAGUGUAAUAACGGGGAUGUUUUCAUAGUUUGAUCACCGCUAGCUACGCACAAGAGCAGCCACAAUGCAACAACAACAAUAAGACACAACUUUGUAUAAAAAAUUUAUCUAAGCUAUGCUAUACAUUACCAUUAAUUUAUUAUCUAUCUAUUGCAUUAUUUUCUGUCUUGUGUGUGUAUUACAUUGUGUUUCGCAUUACUCAAAUUGGCCAAAUAUUAUUAUAUUAUAUUAUAUUCGUAUCGCGUAUUUGUAUUGUAUUCGUAUCGUAGUUUUUGUGUGUAAGCGCCACCCAAAGAGCUCCUUCCCCACUUUUCAGUGUACUCGUCGAAUUUAUAAUUCUUGUACUAGUCCAAACAAAAUGUAAAUCUAAUCCGUACCAAGUGCAAUUUGUAACCAAACUUACAACGAUGUGGCAAUAACUAAGUGAUUGUCGUUGCCCUCUCUGACGUGACGCAGAUGGCACGAAAAUCGAGCAUCCGAAGCUAAUCCAAUAGUAGCUCUAUCUCUCUCAUAUUGAUAUUUUUGUUUGUGUUUGAUUAUUAUGUGGGGUGCGCUUCCGAGUCGUCAAUAUAAUAGAUACAAACAUCAGCUUAUCAACCUAAUUACUUACUAUACCAUACAUAUGUACCUGUGUGUGCAAAAAAAAAAAAAAAAACAUUGAAAAGCUGUUUACAAAUUC